AUGUCGUCCGAUCCCGUUGAAGCCCCCUCAUUGCGUCGGGCGAGUACAUCGCAUGACAAUAAUUUCGACGAUUCGUUUCUGGGCCGGGUGCGGUCGUUCUUCAAUCGCGAUCGCCAUGUCGGCGUCGUAAGCCAUAAUGAUAUCCGUGACCAAGAGAUUGAGCUGCACACGUGGAACGGGAAAGAUGAUCCAGAUAACCCGUUCAACUGGAGCAAAUCCUACAAAUGGACCUUGACCAUCACCGUCUGCAUUAUAUCAAUUCUCACGGGUAUUCCCGCUGGAUCCUAUGGCGCCGGCAACAAUUACAUGGCCGAGCGCUUCCAUGUGCAGAAUGAGCCAUUCCCGAACCUGGCCUGGGCCACAACCUCAUGGAACAUGGGCGCCGCCUUCUGGCCAUUGAUCUUCGUUCCCUUGACCGAAUCGUCCGGCCGCAUGCCAGGAUACUUCGUAGCCUAUACCAUCCUCGUCAUUUCGUUAUUUCCAUCCGCAUUCGCCCAGAACUUCGCGACCCUCGUCGUGACCCGCUUCUUCGGUGGAGGUGCCUCGUCCGUAGCUAUCAAUAUCGUAGGCGGCAGCAUCAGCGAUGUCUGGUACGGCGACAAAGUCCGAAGUGUACCUAUGUCGCUAUUCGGCCUGACGAGCGUCAUUGGUAUCGCACUGGGACCAUUCGUGGGGUCCGCAAUUCAAGCCAUCCAUAAAAAUGACCCAUGGCGAUGGAUCUUCUACAUCCAAAUAAUCUACAACGCCGGCCUAAUCCCAGUCUUCUGGUUCCUCCUAUACGAAACUCGAGCAGAUGUAAUCCUAGCCCGACGCGCAAAGAAACUCCGCCGCGAAACAGGCCGCCCCAUCUACGCCGAAGCAGAACUCGACCACACCAGCAUCUGGAAACUGCUCCAAGUGUCCUUCGAACGGCCCACGCGCAUGCUCCUCACGGAACCCGUAGUGGCUUUCUUCACGCUCUGGAUCAGUUUCGCCUGGGGCAUCCUCUUCCUCUUCUUCAGCAGUGUCGUGCAAACCUUCUCGACCAACUACGGCAUGAACACCCUCCAAACCGGCCUCAUCCAACUCGCCAUCUCCGUCGGCGCCCUCAUCGGCACGCUAGUCAACCCCCUCCAAGACAUGAUCUACCUGCGCUCUGCAUCCCGGAACAAAGAGAACCCCGGCGUCCCCAUCCCCGAAGCAAGACUCUACACGUCCAUCCCGGGGAGUCUGUUAUUCGCGGGCGGAUUAUUCUGGUACGGCUGGAGUAGUUUCCCGCAUGUACAUUGGAUCGUCCCGACGUGUGGGAUUGCGGCGACUGGAUUGGGGAUUUAUUCGAUCUAUAUGGCGGUUGUGAAUUAUCUGACGGAUGCGUAUGAGAAGUAUGCUGCGUCGGCGUUGAGUGCGGCCAGUCUGGGGCGGAAUUCGUUCGGGGCGUUUUUGCCGUUGGCUAGUUAUCAGCUUUUUGAGAAUUUGGGGUAUGGAUGGGCGGGGAGUUUGUUGGGGUUUAUUGGGGUGGCGUUGAGUGUGGUUCCGGUGGUGUUGGUGUUGAAGGGACCUGAGAUUCGGAGGCGGAGUCCGUUUAUGAGGGAGUCGACUUUUGCUGGGGCGGACGAGAAGGCGGAUUUGGAGAAGAAUGAGAGUGUGGGGGGCCGGGGAUUUGUGGAUGGACCGGUUGAUGUUGGGAAUACUACUGCUGCUCGUGGUAGAUAGAUCGCGGUGGAUGGUGGAUGGUUCUGUUGAAGGAAGGAGUUUUUGUAUGGUUGGGUUGGUGUUGGGUCUGUUUCUCUGUUUGCGUUGGAUAUGGUAUGUGAUACAUGUAAAAUACCAUAGAUGGCGGGGUGGAAAAGU